UAAGCUGAAUUUGUCCUAUGAAAAUAUAGAAACUCAAUAUAUGUACUCGAGGGGAAAAAUUUAGGUCAAGAAGGGAAAAUAAAAACCCAUCCUAACAACUUUAAUAAAUUUGAUGCGCACAUUCAUUCAUUACUUAUGACAAAUAAAUUGAUUCUGAAAGUUUGAUCAAGUCUAACAAAAAUAUUGAAAAAGUGUCAAUAGUCUUAAAUAAGUGUUAUAACCAUAAAAAAUGUUCCAAGUAAAGUUUAAGUUUUACUUAAUAUUUAAGUUUUAUAUCAAAGCUAAGUACCUAUUAGCAUUUCCUUCAUGAAAAAUAAUUUAUUUUAACGCCAUGGUGUUGAAAUUAUGAAAACUUACUAGUUUUCAUCAUACGAACAUAUAGUUACAAUUAGUUACGCAUCCCGUUUCAUAUUGUUGCCAAGGCAACAUUGGUAUUUCUCAAAUUAUUCGAUUAAACUACAAAGUUUUUUGUCAAAUAAUUCUCAAUAUCGACAGUAUUUUUUAAACUAAAAAAUAUGUUAAACUUUGCAAAACCAUUACCAAAAGAUCAUGCUGAAGUGGCUAAACGAAUUAAAUCGAAGCUCUUCGACGAAGAAAGAAAAAAGAGAAUAUUUAACCCAAGAUCAAGAAUUAUUGGUAUCGACAAAGAUGCACUUGACAGGCAAAUUUAUGAAAAAAAACUACUGGAGGAUCAAGAAAAAUCUAGAGAAGAAGCUUACUGCAAAAAAUUACUUCAAGAUUGUGAAGUUUCAUUAAAACUAGAAGAACAAAAUAGAAAGAAGCAAAAGCAAAUAGAUUUGGAAAUUCUCGAAUUCAGAAAAAAAUAUCAAACGCCUGAAACAAGAAGAGAACACGACUUAAACGAUCCACACCAUAGUAAAAAAGGGCAAACAAGUGAAAUAAAUGAAAAUGAUUUAAGAUCCACAGUAUCGUCAGGUCAAUAUUUUGAAGGUGAAGACGGCACAUCUAAAGAAUUCAGGGCUGAACAGAUAAAACAACAACGGGUUUGGUUGGAAAUGCAAAUAAGGGAAAAAAGAAUGGCCGAAGAAGAAAAUAAAAACGUUGAGAAAACUUGGCAAGAGAUUCAGGAAAUAAAUACUCAAAGAGCCAAAGCAUUGGCAAAUCUUGAAAAUGAAUGCCGGAAAAAAUUAGUUGAGGCUACUUCACGUUACAAUCAAGCAUUGGCAGCAGAAAAAGAGAUGAGCAGACGCAUUACUGAAACUGAAAACAAUGAAGAUAAAAUGGCCGAAGUCUACAACGCAAUCACAGGUGAUUUCUUAACUGAAAACCCAGAGCUAGGUUUUAAUAGUGCUUUAGGACCUGGAAAAAUAUGCAAAUCUCUCUAUAAAGGACUGACGCCAGCAAUGAAACAAGCUAUAUUUGACGAGCAAGAAAAACAGAGACAAGAAUUGAAGCUCAAGAAAGAGGCAUUUGAAAAACGUGAAAAAGACUGGGCAGAAUUAUUAAAUAUGUUGGCCAGAUGUGGAACUCUAAGUGAUCGAGAAAUGCAAAGAAAGAGACAGAGCUUGGAAAAAGAAAUAACUGAAUUUAAUCUCAAACUAGCAGAUGAAAAAAAAAAAGAACAGCAGUUCUUAAAUGAACAAUUGUACAAAGGUAAAGCAUCAGAUGAGUUCUAUGAUCAAUUCAACAAAACCACUCGCUAA